AUGGCAGAUAUAGCUCACCCUGAAGUGUUAGUAACCACCGACUGGGUUGCCCGACACGGUAGCGAUGCGGGCAUCCGUUUGGUGGAGGUUGAUGUGGACACAGCGGCUUACGACGAAGGACACAUCAGCGGCGCUGUCGGGCUUAACUGGCAAACCCAGUUGUGCGACCAAGUGCGGCGCGACAUCUUAACAAAAGAUCAGUUUGAACAGCUGUGCCAAGAUAACGGCAUUAGCAACGAUACCACAGUUAUCUUCUACGGCGACAAUAACAAUUGGUUCGCUACUUAUGCUCUGUGGCAAUUCCGUUACUAUGGGCAUGACGAAAGCAAGUUGAAAGUGAUGAAUGGUGGACGCCAGAAGUGGAUUGAUGAGGGUCGUGAGUUAGUCACAGAUACUUCUUCGCAUGCUGCCACCGACUACAAAGCGAAAUUCCCCGAUGACAAUGUGCGGGCGACAAAAGAUCACGUUCUACCAACGCUGGAACAGGGAGUGGUCAACCUUGUAGAUGUGCGCUCUCCUGCGGAGUUCACCGGCGAGAUUAUCGCGCCCCCAGGGUUGCCCGAAACGGCGCAACGUCCGGGACGUAUUCCGGGCGCAGCGAAUAUCCCGUGGGCAACCGCAGUGGCAGACGACGGCACCUUCAAAUCCUACGACGAGUUGAAGGAGAUCUACGAGGUGCGGGUGUCGAUCCAGAUAAAGAGACGGUCGCUUACUGCCGUAUUGGAGAACGUUCCUCGCACACAUGUCGGAGGGGAUCCCCCGCAACAACGGCAUGAAAUCGAGAAGGGUCUGUUGCGCUACUACUACGAUGGGCUUGUCGAUGGAGGAGUUUUAGGGAAUCUCAUCGUGCACUACCUUACGCGCCAAAUUGCUUUUGAAGCCUCGCACUAUUAUCAUAUUCCUGAACUCAACGAUGCGGAGAAUUACGCCCUGUUUGGAGCGACCGCCAAUCCAAAUAGUCAUGGGCAUAACUAUGUCUUGGAAGCGACAGUCAAAGGUAGGCUUAAUCCUGAACAGGGGAUGGUCAUCAAUAUCACCGAUUUGGACCAAGUUCUCAAGGACGAGGUUGUUGCCUACUAUGAUCAUAAACAUAUCAACGUACAACACCCCACCUUCGCGAAUAACCCACACCUGCAACCGACAAGUGAGAAUUUAGCGAUCCAGAUUUGGCAUGCGAUUGAACCGCAUCUAAAAGGGACAAUCUUACAUCGCAUCAGGUUGUAUGAGGAUUCAACCCUGUUUGCUGACUAUUACGGAGAGGGGCAGAUGGUCUAUCUCACGAAAGUUUACGAAUUCAGUGCAUCACACCGAUUGCACAGUCCACAACUCAGCGAUGCGGAAAACCGAGAGAUCUUCGGAAAGUGUAACAAUUUCUACGGUCACGGGCACAACUAUGCACUCGAAGUAACGAUAAAAGGUGAGGUGGACCCAAGAACUGGACUGGUUGCGGAUUUACACCAUCUUGAUGAAACAAUCCAGAAGCAGGUCCACGGACGAUUUGAUCAUAAACAUCUUAACUUAGACACACCUGAGUUUGAGAACCUCAAUCCAACUUCAGAAAACUUUGUGAAGGUACUCUGGGAAGUUAUUGAACCAAGUCUGAAGCCGAUUCAGUUACAUCGGCUUCGAUUGAAAGAAACUCCUAAGAACCAUUUCGAUUACUACGGAGACGAAAUCAGUUAA